AUGCCGUUGUCGCGCGUCAGCAAUUCACGAAGACCUACUAGCCGCGCCGCCUCUCGUGCGAGUCCCGCCGCCUUCAAGGCGGCGCUACGGCUGCGAUCUUCGCGAUCGUCGCGAUGGUCGUCUUCGUCGUCGCAGGGCCGCCAUCACAAUGCUCUGUCGCUUCUCGUGCCGCUGCUGCUGGCGGCGCUGCUCGUGCCGCGAGCGGCGGACGCGGCGUGCUCGCGCGUGCGGCAGGUGGUGGUGGUCGGCGCGGGCAUGUCGGGCGUUUCGGCUGCUUACCGCAUCGUCACUCACAGCGGCGGCGAAUGCUUCAAUGUACGUACGGCAGGUCUUCUCAUCUCCCUUAAUUUUCCCUUGCCCCUCCUUCCCUCCCCCCUCUUUCCCUCUUUCGCCCUUUUUUUCCUCCGCCCCCCUCCCCUCCCCUCAGGUGACUGUGGCGGAGGGGCGCGGCGGCAGGGUGACGGUGGUGGAGGCGCGCGGCAGGUGACGGUGGUGGAGGCGCGCGGAAGGGUGACGGUGGUGGAGGCGCGCGGAAGGGUGGGCGGGCGCAUGUGGAGCCGAACGGAGGCCGCCCCUGCCGGCUCGCCCACGACGUUCCUGCGAGGCGAGAUGGGCGCACAGUGGAUCGAGGGCGCCACAGGUAACCCGGUAACCACUCUGGCUCGGAAAUUCAAGCUCAACAUUGCGCAGCAGAACGGGCGGGAAAUCCAAUUCACAGCCAAGGGGAGGAGGUACGGGGACGCGGAGUGGGCGGCAGCGGAGGCGGAGUAUCAGACGUUAGUACGGCAAGCCUUGGCCUGGGCGGGCAAGCAGAACAAGGAUGUGAGCCUGCAGCAGGCGUUCACUAGCGGGCCUUGGAAGCGAAAGAUGUUCUACAAGCCCUAUGCUCAGUCUCGCCUGGCGGUGGACUAUGAGUUCAACUUCGGCACGGCCAUCUCGCACGUCUCUCAUACCCCCAUCUGGGCAUUCCCGUCUCGCAGUGGACUACGAUCUCGCCUGGCAGUGGACUACGAGUUCAACUUCGGCACGGCCCUCUCGCACCUGUCAGCAUGGUACUACGACUCCGAUGCCUUCGACCCGCCCACCAUGGUGGUUACCAACGGCUACGACAACAUCCCCAAGAUGCUCAUGCAGGAAGCGCAAGGAAAAGGAGCAAAGCUGCUCCUCAACUUUGAAGUCACGGCCAUCUCGCAGUCCUCCACAGGCGUGCAGAUCACGGGAAAGAACACCGCCAGUGGCGCCACCGGCACGCUGGACGCCGACGUGGUGAUCGUCACCAUCCCUCUCGGGGUGCUCAAGGCCAACACCAUCGCCUUCUCUCCGUCGCUCCCCCCCCGUAAAACCGGCGCCAUAGCCCGCCUGGGAGUGGGCGCAAUCGCCAAGAUCUUCUUCUUCUUCAACCAGACCUUCUGGCCGGUCAACGUGGACGAAUAUUUCAUCGAGGAUGCGCAGCUGCCCGCAAAUCGCGGGCGGUGGGUGGAUUGGGUGAACCUGAAGCGCGCGUGGGGGCAGACGGCUUUGGAGGGAGUGGCUCUGGGGGAGUAUGCGGUGAGAAUGGCUACGAUGAGCGAUGAGGAGGUGAUUAAAGACGCCAAGGCGAAGAUGGCGCGCAUGUUCCCGCAGUACCGCAAGAAGCCGCUUGAGCCACUGGCCACUUGGAUCCAGCGCUGGACCGCCGAACCGUAUUCGCGGGGGGCGUACAGCUAUGCGCGCGUGGGCGUGCGGGGGAACGAGGAUCACUGCACGGACUAUGAUGUGAUGGCGCUGCCCGAGGGGAGGGUGCUGUUUGCGGGGGAGCACACCAUCUGGCAGUACCAGGCCACCGUGCACGGCGCCCUGCUCUCCGGCGUCCGCGAGGCCAAGCGCGUGCUCAGGAACUUCUGA